CAGGCAGUGACCAAGGGACGAGACUCGAGGAUGUUCCUGUCCUUGUCGAGGAAACACUUUCCUCAUGGAUGGCGAACCAGAUAUCAAUCUUCGUACCUCGGUGGUUCCUCAGCAUAAUCACACACACAGACAAGCACACACAGACACACACACACAUUCACACAGACACGUUUAUUAAUUGCUCGGUGAACACAAUACCGAACAACCACUGCGCAACUUCAUGGACGUUGUAAAAAAAUCCAAAGAGUGCUUGGGAUCGGUGUUUCUCGACGAACUUGCGAAUCCCCUUGCAAGAAGGAGAAUGCUUUUUGGGAGCUGGCUUAACAACCCCUCUUAAGAGCCAAACAACCCCACCAAGUUCAUGUCACCAUGAAGAUGAGACUCUUGACGUUUUUAUCAUCGUAUUCGAGCUUUAUCUUCUUGCUCACAAAUGCUUUCAUUCUCACCCCACGUUUACAACAACGGGCAUUGGAGGUGGAAGUUGUAAAAUCUCCUUCCUCUUCGCCUACCUCGUCGGGAUCGGUCUUAGUCAAAUCUUUGGGACAAAGACAAGGGAUCGUGCAAGGACAAAGAGGAGCCUCCUUCCAAUUGGAACCAACACAGAGCGACUACGGCGACAGUAGACAAGUCGAAGACAUCUCAGUUGACAAUCUGGUAAUCAGCCGAGAUCUCCCCGGGGUCCACGACGACAAAGAUGACAGGUUUCACCCUGAGGGACGUGAAAUUUACGGGGGUGCUGUGGUGUCUCCUCAUGGAAUAUCGGGCAUCAGGGAACUUCGACGACAUGUUUUCCCCUCCACGAUUGAUGAUGAUUAUGAAUAUGAUGAUGAUGAUGAUGAUCUUCGUGACGAAGAUGGCCAGCAAACCCGGGGCCAAUCGGGCGAAUCUGUUGCAGCUCUCCCAAAGAAGUCGUUGUUCCACUUGAACGAGGCUAAAUGGACGGUCAAACAGACACCCUCAUCCUUUUCCAUGGAGCUUGUUCAUCCAUCAAAGCCAUCGUUGACAACAACGGAUGACAAAGCCUCAAAACGAGACAAGAGACAGCAUGCCUCUCUGUAUUAUCCACAAGAGCUCAACUACCUGGCCAAUCUUCCCAAAUAUCAGAAGAUCCCAGGCCGACCACGAUUACCCUUUCAUCCAUUGCCACCCGCCACACAUCACGGUCCCACGGUCAGUCCCAAUGUCAUUCGCGAGCUUCCGCCCAUCUAUUACGGUCCCCGCUCUACCCAAAGCCCGGUGAAGCACAUCUAUUACCCUCAAAAUGAAACCAAGCAAAAAUUCACCGGCCACAACGCUCCCCAGAAAUUGGAUCCGCAGCGUCAAGAAUACAUUGGCUAUGUGCGCUCUCAAGCGGAUCAACACCACCAAGGCCCUUACCACCCACUCUCUGGAACAACGACAACCUUCAGACCGUUGGUUUACCAUAGCACUCUGGCCUCGCCAACUAGGCCAAGCGGAAAAUAUGUCCAAACUUUUCCUCACACCACCAAAUCUCCUGUGGAUGUUCCUUAUGUCGAGGCCAUUCCUCAAGCAACGGAUUCAAGGCCACUCCCCAAGCAAACAAGGCCGCAUCAUCUUCAGCAACAGCAACAACAACAACAACAACAGUCACCCUUCAACCGACAAAAAUUAAGACUUCAAAAAGAGUUGAUUGCUUUGCGGAAGCUUCAGUCUCUUUAUGGACAAGAACCUUCAGCGCCAUCUGCGGUUCAACGACCAUUUCAUACCCCGGCUGUCCUUCCCAUUGCUGUUCACGCCAGUCCGGAUUGGGCCGGUUUCAAGCAAUUGGCCACACAGGAUGCUCAUAAACUGAGAGAACCUGCCAAUACCAAGAACAACCCAUACAGUUAUAAGAUCCUUGGCAACGAAGUUCGAGACCAGAAACCACACUCAAAGCGAGGCAUUUCCCACACAUUUGCCAGAGGAGAUCAUUCUGGGAACUCCAUUCAAGACGAUCGAGAAUCCUUUGAUUACUAUGCCCCUCACUUAUCUGACUUAACUUUUGAGGAACCAGAAGAGUAUGUAGAAGACGACGAGCUACCAGACCAAUAUGAAACCGAGUCAAAGUUGAAGACUAAGCCGGUGUUUGACACGUUUGGCUAUUGGGUUCCAUCUCAAAGAAAUCCCUUUGAUGUAGUGGAAGGUUCCAAAGACAGGCUUCCAAAUUAAUGAGAUGGUCCACGUGGGCAUAUGUAAUUGAUGAACUUAUCUGUCUUAAUUACCUGGUUCUACUUUGAAUGUGUAAAAAACUCCACUUUUAGAUCAAUGAGCUCUAUUUUGGAACUCAUAUUUCAGUCGGGAAUUUGAUUAACAUUGCGUUUCGAAUUUAUCUCUUAGUGAAGGGUUUUCCAUAACAUUUUCAUAUCUUCGACUCCUUCAAAUAUUCUAUAAAUUUUCUCGAUGUUGUGAUAAAAUACACUGUUUAAUAUUUUUCA